AACCUUCUUCUGUGAUGACUGAUGAGGUUGAGAGGAAGAAGGAGGAAGCUGCAACUUCAAAUCUUCUCGAGCAACGACGAUGAACGCCAACUGUUUAUUCUCACCUCCUCCUCCUCGUCUCUUCCCUCUUCGCUCUACAUCGAGUGUUCCUCCUUCUGUUUAUCGUAGAACCGGAGUUGUCUCCGAUGAUGUCGCCGUCGAGUGUCGGAAUCUCUGCUUCUCCGCCAUUACAAGACCGGGGAUCUCCGUCCCCAUUCUCCGUGACUGCUCCUUUCGGAUUCCUUCAGGACAGUUAUGGAUGAUUCUUGGUCCCAACGGCUGUGGCAAAUCUACCCUUCUCAAGAUUUUAGCAGGUGUAGUGAAUCCAACCAGCGGCAAUGUCUUUGUGGAAAAGCCCAAGAAUUUUGUGUUUCAGAAUCCUGAUCAUCAGGUAGUGAUGCCUACUGUAGAAGCUGAUGUAGCGUUUGGUCUUGGCAAGUAUCCUGACAUGAGUCUUGAAGAAGUGAAGUCUAGGGUGGUUACUGCUUUGGAGGCUGUUGGUAUGCGUGAUUACAUGCAGAGACCGAUUCAAACUCUCAGUGGUGGUCAGAAACAAAGAGUAGCCAUUGCUGGUGCUUUAGCUGAAGCUUGCAAAGUGCUGUUGUUGGAUGAGCUCACAACCUUCCUAGAUGAGUCUGACCAGUUGGGUGUGAUCAAAGCUGUGAAAGAGUUAAUAAAUGCAAAGAAAGGAGGAGGAGACGUGACGGCCUUAUGGGUGACACAUCGGUUAGAGGAGCUGGAGUAUGCGGACGGAGCUGUGUAUAUGGAGAAUGGGAGGGUGGUCAGGCAUGGUGAUGCAGCCACCGUACUAGAUUUUAUAAAGGCCAAACAAUCGUCUUACAUUGAUCAAAUCGGUUUUUAAUUUAUAUUGUCACCGGUUUACCACUCUCAGUGUUUCCAUAGACCGAUUCAAACUCCCAGUGGUAGUGAAAAGUUGUAGCAUAUAUAGAGACUUGGAAAGGCAAUGAAAGCUGGAGAUUUACUAAGCUUUUGUAAAAGAUUGUGAUGUACUUCUGUAGACUGUAUAAAGCUACUCUAUAAUCAACAGAGCAAAGUUGAUUCAUCA